AUCAGCAUCACCGCCCGCACCACCGCCCUCUCCCGCCGUCCCGCCGCCUUUGGUUACCCGCGACGGCGCCGCUAUGCCGCUCGGCGGCGAUCGACUGCAGAAUGACACGCCGCCCAUGCUGAUCGGUCCGCCGCCUCUGGCUACCCGCGAUGGCUCCGCGUUGUAAUCAAGUCGAUGCAAGUCAAGGUCCAUCCCACAUGGGCCCCGCGGGGGAGGCGCCGGCGGUGGUGACAGAGGCGCAGGGCUGGCGGCUGCACCUCUCGAGUCGCAGCAGCACCGGCUACGCAGGCGUGCGCAAGCAGGAGCAGGCGUCGGGCUCGCGCGGCUGCCGACUUCCCUGGGCGUCGGGCCGCUUCGCGGCGUACCACACGGUGGACGGACGACGGGUCUACAUCGGCUCUUCGACUCGGCGGUGGAGGCGGCGUUGGCACGCGCGGGCGGAGGGGUCGGUGGACGGACAGGUCGCCGCCCGCCGGGCGCGAGGUGCGCUAGACUGGGAGACCACCUCACUAUGGGGCCUGGACCCAGUUCUCAUGAUUGUACAUGACUAGCGAUGUGUUAUAGUUCCUCUUGUGUAAGUAAGACGCGAUCCCGCCCAAGGGGCGUCUACU